CGGAAGCACCGGGUGAAAAGAGCUCCACAGACGGCGCGCCCCAGUCCCGGCGUAGCCAGAGUCCGUACGGCAAAAUGGCGGCCCCCAGUUAUUUAGGGCGCCCAGAGGCGACAAAUCCGCCCCCUGCAGGUCAGGGUGAAAGGAGCCGCAGACUAUGUAGGCGGCACCGGAGGCUCUAGGUGGGGCGGUCCUACCUUCCUUCCUGCCUCACGGGGACACUGGAUUCCGUGCGACAACAUGGCCGCGCCCAGGGCGUGUGGGCGGAGACUCCGCGGCUUCCGGUACGGAGUAGGGCCCGCGGUGGGAGGGGGAAGGAAGACGGAGGGAACCAUGCGAGGUUCUGAGAUCAGCGGAGAGGGUCGCCUCGAGAGACCGUUUCUGAGCAGGAAUUACGAAAUCCCCAACACUUCCUCCCUCCGGGGUAUUUGAUCCCCUAUGGCCACCGCUAACAGCAUCAUCGUGCUGGAUGAUGAUGAUGAAGAUGAAGCAGCUGCUCAGCCAGGGCCCUCCCACCCACCCCCUAAUCCGGCCUCACCCAGGGCAGAAGCCCCUGGCUCCUCUCAGCCCCAUGGGGCUGGAGGAAGCAGUAGUUCGGGCGGCAAGAAAUGCUACAAGUCGGAGAAUGAGAAGCUGUUUGAAGAGUUCCUUGAACUGUGUAAGACGCAGACGGCGGACCACCCUGAGGUGGUCCCGUUCCUCUAUAACCGGCAGCAGCGGGCCCACCCUCUGUUUUUGGCCUCGGCGGAGUUCUGCAACAUCCUCUCUCGGGUCCUCGCUCGGGCCCGGAACCGGCCAGCUAAGCUCUAUGUCUACAUUAAUGAGCUCUGCACGGUUCUCAAGGCCCACUCAGCCAAGAAGAAGCUGAACCUGGCCCCUGCUGCCACCACCUCUAGUGAACCCUCUGGGAAUAACCCUCCCACAGACCCCUCCUCGGACCCAAAUGCUGAGACCACUGCCUCUGAGGCCCCAAGGACCCGUGGUUCACGGCGGCAGAUCCAGCGCUUGGAGCAGCUGCUGGCACUGUAUGUGGCAGAGAUCCGGCGGCUGCAAGAAAAGGAGUUGGAUCUCUCAGAAUUGGAUGACCCAGACUCCACUUACCUGCAGGAAGCAAGGUUGAAGCGUAAGCUGAUCCGUCUCUUUGGGCGGCUGUGUGAGCUGAAAGACUGCUCUUCACUGACAGGCCGAGUCAUAGAGCAGCGCAUCCCUUACCGUGGUACCCGCUACCCAGAGGUCAACAGGCGCAUUGAGCGGCUCAUCAACAAGCCAGGGCCUGAUACCUUCCCUGACUAUGGAGAUGUACUGCGGGCCGUAGAGAAGGCAGCUGCUCGGCACAGCCUUGGCCUCCCCCGACAGCAGCUCCAGCUCAUGGCUCAGGAUGCCUUCCGAGAUGUGGGCAUCAGGUUACAGGAGCGUCGCCACCUGGAUCUCAUCUACAACUUUGGCUGUCACCUCACAGAUGACUAUAGGCCAGGCAUUGAUCCCGCACUGUCAGAUCCUGUCCUGGCCCGACGCCUGCGGGAGAACCGGAGCUUGGCUAUGAGCCGGCUGGAUGAGGUCAUCUCCAAGUACGCAAUGAUGCAAGACAAGAGUGAGGAGAGCGAGAGACAGAAGAGAAGAGCCCGGCUCCCCCAGGCCACCUCUUCCCAUUCUGAAGAUACCCCCAAAUCCUCAUUGGAUUCUGGUGAGGGCCCUAGUGGGAUGGCAUCCCAGGAGUGUCCUACCACUUCCAAGGCUGAGAUCGAUGAUGAAGAAGAUGAGGAAAGUGAAGAGGAGGAGGAGGAAGAGGAAGAGGAGGAAGAUGAGGAGGAAGAAGAUGAGGCCACAGAUUCCGAAGAAGAGGAGGAUCUGGAACAGAUGAAGGAAGGUCAGGGGGACGAUGAAGAGGAGGAGGAGGAGGAGGAGGAGGAGGAAGCAGGGAAGGAUGGAGAUAAGAGCCCCAUGUCCCCACUAGCGAUCUCCACUGAAAAGAACCUGGAACCUCAUAAAGGGAACAGCGGGUCUUCAGAGGAGCAGCAAAACAAAAGACUCACAGAGUCACCAUCUUUACUGGCAGAAGAGCCCCCGGCCCCCUCUAAUGUAGUUGCUGAAAGCAGGGAAGAGCACCUCGAGGAGUUGCCCCUGGAGGAAGAGAGCCCUAUGUCACAGCUCUUCGAGCUAGAGAUUGAAGCCUUGCCCCUGGAUACGACCCCUUCCCCUGAGGAGAGGGACAUUUCCUCUUCCAAGAAAUCAGAGGACCUCCUCACCACUGUGUUGGAGAAUGGGGCCGCCAUGGUCACCUCCACUUCCUUCAAUGGAGGCAUCUCUCCUCACACCUGGGGGGAUUCCAGUCCCCCCCGCAAGAAAUCUCGGAAGGAGAAGCAAACAGAAGCUGGGCCGUUAGGAAAGAGCCAUGUGGAAAUGCCAAGGGCAGUGCAGAAGAAGAAUGAGCAGAAGACACAUACCCUGCCCAGCCCGCCUUCCCCCUUGGCUUCUAUGGCUCCAGUUGCUGAUUCCUCCACAAGGGUGGACUCUCCUAGCCAUGGCUUGGUGACCAGCUCCCUCUGUAGCCCAUUUCCAACCCGGGUGUCCCACACUCCCCAGUCACAGCCCUCCAGGCCUGGUACUUAUAAGAUGAGUGUUGCCACACAGUGUGAUCCCGAGGAGAUCAUCGUGCUCUCAGACUCUGAUUAACCACCUCCCCCUCCCCCCUGCCCCCAAAAUGUUUGGGAUGGUACUUGGAGGAUGGUAGGAAGCACAUGACUGAGGAAGGGAUGGACUGAGCUAAUCGCCUUUUGGUGGUUUCUUUUUAAAAACAACAACAAAGCUUAAGUUUUACACAGAAACAUUAAUAAACAAUAAAGUUCUUUUCUUAUUGUA